GUGUCUAGCUUUGCGAGGAGUUUGAGCACGUGGCAUCAGCCCGGCGCAGUGAACCCGCCGAGCCACAGGUUUCUACGCCUGUUCCCAACAUCUCUUCCUCUCUUCCCCUCGAGCAAGAGCUCAUCCAUAUCCUCCAUUCCCCCUCGACCCAAGAGACCAACCGGGCAAGAACCCAAAGCCCACGAUGAGCACGGAGCCGGAGGUCGUCCACAGCGGCGGCUGCCACUGCCGGCGCGUGCGCUGGCAGGUGGAGGCGCCGGCGAGCGUGGUGGCGUGGAUCUGCAACUGCUCCGACUGCUCCAUGCGGGGGAACACCCACUUCGUCGUGCCCAAGGACAAGUUCGCGCUCCAGGCCGGCGCCGGCGAUUUCCUCACCACCUACACCUUCGGCACCCACACGGCCAAGCACACCUUUUGCAAGGUGUGCGGGAUCACCUCCUUCUACAUCCCCAGGUCCAACCCCGACGGCGUCGCCGUCACCGCCGCCUGCGUCGGCGCCGGCACCCUGGCGCACGUCGAGUACAGGAAGGCGGACGGGAGGAACUGGGAGCAGUGGAUCGAGGCGAGCGGCAUCUCCGAGUUCUCCAAGCCCAAGGCCGCCGAGUAGGAGGACCUGACCUGGCCCGUGUUCGGUUCAGGAUUUCAGGACUUUCGGUAAUGUGCGUUUCCUGGGAAGAGACGUUUUCGUCGACUACGUAGGCGUCUAUGCGACUUUGUCAAUCUAAAAAUGAUGUGUCGGCUUAGUCUUUUGGAAGUGUGUGUGUGUGCGUGCGUGCAUUUAUAGAGGUGAGUGUAUGUACGUAUGUAUUUUUCCGACAAAGGAUGGAUUUUAUUGGCUCAAAUGAAGCAUCAAGAUGAUACAUCACACUGAAC